UCACAGCUCAUCGUCAUGCUGCUUGUCUCUAAUCAGCAUCCAGUUCGUCUCCUAGCAGCAUACUCCUGUUGAUACCGAUUUCUCCUCUUCCUCCAUCCCCGCCUUCCUCUUCAUCGUCCUCAGAAUUCCUUCUGUCAUCCCAUUACAACAUCUCUUUGGCCUAUUCUUCCAAACUCUCAUGAUAACUCUUCUUCCUCAAAUCCACGAAUCCCACCUCUUGUCUAUUUUACAUUCAUUUCUCUCUUUCCUCCAACUUCUCAUUCUCGCUCCUCCCUGCUCCUCUCAAUUCCUCUCAAUUCCCCUGCCCUCAAACAACUCUCCUUGCUCCCUCGACUCCCUCAUUCCACUUCCUCUCAUCGCGUUCCUCUGGCUCCCAUCUCGUUCUUCUUACUCCCACCUCACUCCCCUUGCUCCCACCUCACUCCCCUCGCUCCCACCUCACUCCCCCGGGGAGGGAGCCCGAGGCCCCUGGGUCGCCAUGCGGCCCCGCAAGCAGGUGACCGUGUGCGGCGCGGCCAUCUUCUGCGUGGCCGUCUUCUCGCUCUACGUGAUGCUCGACCGCGUGCAGUCCGACUACCAGCGGCGCCACGACUCGCGCCGCGACGACCUGCCCAGGGGACAACUGUCGGUGCUGCACAGCAAGAUGGAGCAGCUGGAGGAGCUGCUGGAGGAGAACCACCACAUCAUCAGCAACCUGCGUCACUCCGUGCUCGAGCUGGACGUGGGCCGCCCGGCCCCGAGCCCCCCGGCCCUUUGGCCGGGCCCCGCGAGGCUCCCCAAUGGCACGUGGGUGCUGCCCCCUUGGGCAUUCCCCUUCCCGGCCUCCGUCUCCGUUGCCGACGGCGACUGCAGAUUUUCCUCCGAGGCCUCGCAGACGGCGGGGCGGGACGUGCAGAUGCUGGAUGUUUACAGGCUCCUGCCGUUCGAUAACCCCGACGGGGGCGUGUGGAGGCAGGGGUUCGACAUCACCUAUGAUGUCGGCGCCUGGGAGCAGCGGCCCCUGCAGAUCAUCGUCGUGCCGCACUCCCACAACGAUCCAGGUUGGCUCAAGACCUUCGACAAGUACUACGUGGACCAGACGCAGCACAUCCUCAACCACAUGGUGACCAAGCUGCUCGAGGACCGGCGCCGCUCCUUUGUCUGGGCCGAGGUCUCCUUCUUUGCCAAGUGGUGGGAUGCCGCCGACUCACAGCGUAGGCACAGUGUCCGCAGGUUGGUGGAGCGUGGCCAGCUCGAGUUCGUGACGGGCGGGUGGGUGAUGACGGAUGAAGCCAACGCUCACUACUUCGCCAUCAUUGAUCAGAUGAUCGAGGGUCACCAGUGGCUGCACAAGACGCUGGGUGUGCGUCCCCGGAGCGGCUGGGCCAUUGACCCGUUUGGCCACUCCCCGACGAUGGCCUACGUGCUGCGGCGAGCGGGGCUGCAGGCCAUGCUGAUCCAGCGCGUGCACUACGCCGUCAAGCGCCACCUGGCCCACGAGCGCAGCCUCGAGUUCAUGUGGCGCCAGGACUGGGACGUGGGCACGAGCACGGACAUCCUGUGCCACAUGAUGCCCUUCUACAGCUACGAUGUCCCGCACACGUGCGGCCCCGACCCCAAGGUCUGUUGCCAGUUCGACUUCAAGCGCCUCCCAGGCAGCCGCGUCAACUGCCCCUGGAAGGUUGCUCCACGAGCCAUCACGGCGGACAACGUGGCCGAGAGGGCGAGCCUGCUGCUCGACCAGUACCGUAAGAAGGCCUCGCUGUUCCGCGGCGGCGCCGUUCUGGUGCAGCUGGGCGACGACUUCCGCUUCGAAACGGCGCACGAGUGGGAGCAGCAAUUCCACAACUACCAGCAGCUCUUCGACUACAUCAACUCCCACCCCGAGCUGCACGCAAGGGCUCAAUUCGGGACGCUCUCCGAUUACUUCGAGGCGCUGGGGGUUUGGGAGGUCUCCGGGAACGCUUCUAUCUCCCCGCCGCCGCCGCCCCCGCCAGCGCUGCCCGUGCUGGGCGGCGACUUCUUCACGUACGCCGACCGCGAAGACCAUUACUGGAGCGGCUACUUCACGUCGCGGCCGUUCUUCAAGCACCUGGACCGGCGCCUCGAGGCUCACCUCAGGGCGGCGGAGCUGCUGUUCUCGCUGGCGUCGUGGCACGCGUCUCGGCGUGGCGUCACGCCGCUGCUCCCCGCGCGCGAGUGCUUUGCCCGGUUGGAGGGCGCACGGCGCAACCUCGCGCUCUUCCAGCACCACGACGCCAUCACCGGCACGUCGCGCGAGCUCGUCGUGUCCGACUACGCCGCCAGGCUGAUGCGGGCGCUCGCCGACCUGCAGCGCGUGCUCGUGGACGCGGCGCUCGUGCUGCUGCUCGCCGAGCCCGGGCGCUCCGCCGCCUCCGCCCCCUCCCAGCCCUCCUUCUUCUUCCUCCUCGAGGAAAACGUCGUGGAUUACGACUCGCUGCCCAACAAGGCCGUCAUUAAGCUGACGUCGGCGCCAAGGUCGCUGGUGGUGCACAACGCGCUGGAGUGGGAGCGCGUGUGCGUGGUGAGCGUGCGCGUGGACUCGCCGCUCGCGAACGUGCUCACGCACGACGGCUCCGGCGUCCUGGCCCAGGUGGACCCCCUGUGGAGCAGCAGCACGGGGAUGUCUGCGCGCGCGUUCCAGCUGCAGUUCUUGGCGCGCGUGCCGGCGUUGGGCCUGGCCGUCUACCGCCUGACGCUGGAUGCUCCGCCCGUGCCUACCGUGCGGUCCGACACCACGCUGUACCUCCCCGGAGGAGGGCCCGUGCCCCCCCGCACGCAACCUCUGCUGCCCCUGGCUCUGCUGCCGCCCCCUACGACGCAGUUCUCGGUGGAGACGGCGAGCGUGGAGGCCGGUUUCUCGGGCCGCACGGGGAUGCUGCGCUGGGUGCGACUCAAGGCGGGUGGCGAGCCGCGCCUGCUACGGCUCGAUUUGCUGUGGUACGGCACUCGACGGAGCAAGGACAAGAGCGGCGCCUAUCUCUUUCUGCCCGAUGGGGAAGGCAAGCCAUACGAGUCGGCGGAGAGGCCGGUGGUGCGGGUGACGCGGGGCCCCCUCGUGUCGGAAGUCACGUGCGUCUACCCGCACGUGCAGCACAGCGUGCGCCUCUACAACCUACCAGGCGUUGAAGGAUUGUCACUGGAGGUCUCCAACGUGGUGGACCUGCGGGACCAGAACAACCGCGAGCUCAGCAUGCGGGUCUCCAGCGACGUGGAGAGCGACGGAAACUUUCAGACCGACCUCAACGGCUUCCAGAUGCAGCCGCGGAGGUUUUGGAAGAAGCUGCCGCUGCAGGCCAACUUCUACCCGGUGGCGACGAUGGCCCUGGUGCAGGACGCGCGCUCGCGGCUCAGCCUGCUCACUGCGCAGGCCGGCGGGGUGGCCAGCCUGGCCGAUGGGCAGCUGGAGGUGAUGCUGGACCGGCGCUUGAUCCAGGACGACAACCGCGGCCUGGGUCAGGGCCUCAAGGACAACAGACGCAGCCUCAGCCGCUUCCGGCUGCUCCUGGAGACUCGCUCGCCGGACGGCACGAAAUGGGAUGCGACGAUGGCUGCCGCGCUGGGAUUUCCAUCCCUGCUGGGCCACGUGGCCUCCGCCGCUCUGAACCACCCGCCGUUCGUGCUGGUGGGGGUCGAGCAGCGUCUGUCCCCGCUCGUCGAGCCGCCACAGCUGCUGCCCUCCUUCCACGUGCUGGGGGCGCCAGUGCCCUGCGACCUCCACCUGCUCAACCUCCGCAUGAUGGAGGCACCGGGAGCCGGCCCCCCGGGCGAGGCCGCCCUCCUGCUGCACAGGAAGGGGUUCGACUGCAGCUUUCCAAGUGCGGGGCUGGGGGGGUUCAACUGCUCCACCACGGGCGGCAAGCUCUCGCUGGGUGACCUCUUCCGGAAGCUGAGGUUGCACAGCGUGACCCCCAGCAGCCUCACCCUGCUGCACUCGCAGCCGGCCGGCCCCAACACCAGCCGGGUGGAGCUGGCGCCCAUGGAGAUCGCCGCUUUCCGCGUCUCCUACGUGUGACGACCGGCGCCGCAGCUCGUUCCCUCCCCCCGCUCGCCCCAACGUAAUAGCGAAGUUGCCCUCAGAGGCCAGGGACUGUGGCUGGUCGCCUGGAUGUCUGCGAUGCCUUUUCCUUCACCACCCGAUGGGAAGAGGGGGGCCACGUUGAGUAAUCGGGCCCCGAGAUGUACUGGGCUCCCCCCCCACGCUCGGCGUGGGUUUUCCGGCUCCCGGUGAGGCGCGACUGCUUUGAGCGGACGGCACUGGAUGUGGCUGACACCGUUGACAGUCACCCACGGUGAACGCGAAUGGCUGAGCACGAAUGGCUGAGCACGAGCGGCUGAGCACGGGAGAGCUGAGCACAGGGAGCUGAGCACAGGGAGCUGAGCGCGGGUGGAUGAGCGCGGGUGGAUGAGCACGGGAGGGCUGAGCACAGGAGGCUGAAAGGUGCAGUUUCGCCUCCCGGUUGGAACGCGCCAAACUGCACCGUGGCUGCCGAAAUAACGGGACACAGCCAGUAGAUUUACAAUAACAAAAAAACUCGUCCCCUGCUCAAACGAACAAUAAGUGUUGCUCAUCUGUUUUCAGUCCUUGAGUCAGUCGUGGAAAUUCCACAAUCCUAUGUAGGGUAUUGGUCUCUCCGUACGACAACCACCGUUGCUCAUGUAAAAUUCCAACUGGCCUUUAAAGUCAAACAGCAAUAGAAACAGUAACUUCUCAACCAAAUGAGGGUUGCUGACAACCAUGCCGCACAAACCGUGGUUCUGUUUAGCAUGGCUGCCAGCCGUCAAAGCUCGCUCACUUCAGGGCCCAGCGAGGGCUUCCAUCACAGAUCCCCCUCCGCCAAAGUCCACCGCACCGAGUACCGCGGUCACAAGGAAAACCCGACAGUCACGCUCGGGGUGGCGAGGCACCGCGAGCGCCACUUUGUGCACUGCGUUUGAAUGCAUCCAAUCAUUGAAAACUAUUUGCUUUUGCGUAACAGCUCCAGUCCAAGCACUGUAUUGAGGAUAUUAAUGUUUAGGGGGAUGAUUUAAUUUAAAAACUAUUUAAUGUGAAUCGCGUGUUCCUCGUAAGGCGGCGUAGAAAUUUAUUAAUACAAUCACAGCUCUGACGUUGCAAAGGUGGUUUAUUAAGCGAUUGUAGACGUACGAGUGGUGUCAUCAAUUUAGCCAGAUGUUUUUAAUUCUUCCAUUUAACUUUUCUGACAUUUGUAGCCAAGGCUCGACGGCAGAAUAAAAUGAAGUUUCAAGA